GGGGUUUCUGAGUACGGCUGAGGCCCAAGUUAGCUGCAGUGACCUGCAGAGCGUGGUGCUCCCUUGGGAGACCCGUGCUUUCCUCGGGCAGCCCCACUGUCAGCCCCUUUGCAGCCCUGCUCCCUGCUGGAGGUGCCUCUUGCCGGAGCGGAGGCGAUGCAGGAGCUGGUGGCUGGUGUGGAGAAGAUCAGGUUUGACUUGGAGGCUGAUGUGGAGCAGCAGCGAGGAGCUCAGCCCCUGCCCUUCCCGGGUAUGGACAGCAUGCGGUGCCCUUUCCGACACGUCGGCGGGGAGAAGACGGUGGUGUGCAAGCACUGGCUGCGUGGGCUCUGCAAGAAGGGCGAUGGAUGCAACUUUCUGCACGAGUACGACGCGACCAAGAUGCCCGAGUGCUAUUUCUUCUCCAAGUUUGGCGAGUGCAGCAACAAGGACUGUCCCUUCCUCCACACUGAUGCCACCACCAGCACCGUGGGUUGUCCCUGGUAUGACCGUGGUUUCUGCAGGCAAGGUCCCCUGUGCAAGUAUAAGCACACGCGGCGGGUGAUGUGUGCCAACUACCUCAUCGGCUUCUGCCCGGAAGGACCCAAGUGCAAAUUCAUGCACCUCAAGCCCGGGCUGAUGACAAGCAGCAUGGAUCCAUCCAAGGUGAUGCAGGGAAGGUCCUAUGCUGUUCUCUCUUGAGCUGAAGCCCUCUUGC